UGUUUGGCAGUUUGUUAGUGAGGUAUUUACACUCUUGUCUGUAUGUGAGGGUGAGCAAGAUUACUUUUUACAUUCACAAGAGUAUACCGCAGUGAGAAUAUCUUUUCCAAAAAAAGAUAAGAGUUGUGUUUCUAUCUCUGCCGCACGUUUUCCGCUGCUGCUCUAAUUGUUUGUCCUUAGGUGUCUCUCAGAUGCAACUUUAAACGUGAAAGAGGAGGAGAGUAGCCGCUUGGUGCGGACCUACCCCAAGAUGACCGAUAGCCACGUGGAUGUGGGCACGCAGACGGAGCCCGUCGUGGUGCUAUCUCUGGCUCAGGCUGCUGUUCUUGGCCUCAUCUCCCAGAAUGAAAUCUUUGGGGCCACUAUUGCUCCCAAUGGCUUUUACACUGGGGAGCCCAGAGAGUGUGCCCCUCCUCCACCCGAGUCAAUGGAGUACGAGUAUGCAGAUCAGCUAAUAGGGGCCAAUGGGGACUACCUGGCUGAGCCAGCUGGCGAGACGGAGCCCCGGCCCCACUGCAGUGAGAGACGAAGGCCCGGGCCCCGCGGGAGAAGCAAGAGACCCAGGAGUGAGGAGGGCCACCCACACAAAGUAGCAAGUCCACAGGCUCAAGUUAAAGGUGAACGACUUGAGUCUGACACUCCUGCUUCCUGCAUUCACAUGAACAGCCGGCGAAGUACCGGCAAGUCAGAGGAUCCAGUCACCAAACAGGGCUCUCUGAAAGAGGAGCAAGCCUGCGUCGACUGUCUCUCAUGUGUGAGAGAGACGCCCAGGCCACAAACAGACGGGCAGCCGGAACAGAAAGAAGAAGAAAACACCGGCGGAGAAAGAGAGAAAAAGGAAGAAGCCUUGGUGGUGGAGGAGGAGGACGGAUUGGAGGAGGCACUAAACCUGAAGACCAGCGGGGACACUGGCAGUCCUCUGGAGAGCCGCUUUUAUGAGUCCAGUGAGGCGGCCUACGAGUCCGCUGACAUGGCGCUGCCAGGAGAGUAUGAGGAGAACGGCCAGGCCAUGCUGUGGUCAGACCCAGAGGGCCUUGCCAGGCGGAUGCAGAUCGACCGGCUGGACAUCAACGUACAAAUCGAUGAAUCUUACUGCGUCGAUGUGGGAGAAGGUCUGAAACGCUGGAAGUGCCGCAUGUGUGAAAAAUCAUACACAUCCAAAUAUAACCUCGUGACUCAUAUUCUGGGCCACAACGGAAUUAAACCCCAUGAAUGUCUCCACUGUGGAAAGCUCUUCAAGCAGCCGAGCCACCUCCAGACUCACCUGCUCACCCACCAGGGAACCAGACCUCACAAGUGCACAGUGUGUGAGAAGGCCUUCACGCAGACCAGCCACCUGAAGAGGCACAUGCUGCAGCAUUCGGACGUCAAGCCGUACAGCUGCCGCUUCUGUGGCCGUGGCUUUGCCUACCCCAGCGAGCUGAGGACCCACGAGAACAAACACGAGAACGGCCAGUGCCACGUCUGCACCCAGUGCGGUCUCGAGUUCCCGACCUACGCUCACCUAAAGCGCCACCUGGCCAGCCACCAGGGCCCGACCACAUACCAGUGCACAGAGUGCCACAAGUCCUUCGCUUACCGCAGCCAGCUGCAGAACCACUUGAUGAAGCAUCAGAACGUGCGGCCCUACGUUUGCCCCGAGUGCGGCAUGGAGUUUGUCCAGAUCCACCACCUCCGACAACACGCUCUGACUCACAAGGGUAUGAAAGAAUUCAAGUGUGACGUCUGUGCCAGAGAGUUCACCCUGUCGGCCAACCUGAAGAGACACAUGUUGAUCCACGCCAGUGUGAGGCCGUUCCAGUGCCACAUCUGCUUCAAGACAUUUGUUCAGAAGCAGACCCUUAAAACGCACAUGAUUGUCCACCUGCCGGUCAAGCCUUUCAAAUGCAAGGUGUGCGGAAAGUCGUUUAACAGAAUGUACAACCUCCUCGGCCACAUGCACCUCCACGCGGGCAGCAAGCCCUUCAAGUGCCCAUACUGCUCCAGCAAGUUCAACCUGAAGGGCAACCUCAGUCGACACAUGAAGGUCAAACACGGGAUCAUGGACACGUCAAUAGAUGGACAUGAACCCCCCAAAGAAACAGAAGGCCAGGAGGACUACGAAGAGGAGAGCUUUGAAUUCAGCGAGCGAGAAAACCGAGCGAACAACAACAACACACCAGACAUUGCUAAACUAUCUCAAAUGGAGUAUUACAGCACCUAUGGGAAGGGCACAGGGCGAUUCAGUACUGCAUGAAUUAUUGAAAUCACCCCCAAAUUGAAUAUAAGUGUGAACUAAUGAAAAUACGAUUGUUUUUUCUUCUUCUUGCUUUUAAAAGCAUAGUGCUCGGGUUGUUCAAGUGUG